AAAUUUUUUUAUUGAUAAUGAGAAAUUGAUUUUGAAAAUUUUUAAUUUGGGACCGUCGGCUGUAGUUUUUUGAAAAAAAAGUAUCCGUCGGAAAAUAAUCUAAACUGUAAAUGAUUUUAGUCAAUGUUUUCACAAAUUUUCAAUGUUUUGAAUUUUUAUUCGAGUAGUUUAGCAUUAAAUUUAUGAUCCGCAGUGAAGGUAAUCCUUAUCAUAUUAUUUUUCCCGUAAUCGAAACAUGGCAGAGGCUGAAACGAACGUUCCUGAAGAAACCUCGACAACAAGCUUAGUUGAUGAGCCCGAAGAUGAGAAAACAGUCGUUGAUGAAAUCUGUGAUGAAAUUUCCGAUUUAAAACCAUUCGUUCCGGAUGUCGACGUUAACGAUCAACUCGAAAAUGAUCUGGAGGAUCUCCAGACCAAGCUAGGAGGCGAUUCGAAUGAAGACGAUGACGAAGAUGAUGAAGAAAUUUGUUGGCAAACGGAGGAAUGGAAAAAGAAGGAAAAACACGUUUUCAUUUUGAGUUCGGCGGGAAAACCGAUAUAUUCGAGAUAUGGCAAUGAAGACGAUCUAGUCACAUUAUUCGGUGUAAUGCAAGCUAUUGUAUCAGUCGUAUUAGAUUCGAAUGAUGAAAUUCAAUCGAUUAACACGUCUAACACGCGAUUCACCUUUUUACGUAAAGGUCCAAUUUUACUAGUCUCCGUAUCCCAGAUACCUUCGGAUUCAUUCGAAUUAUCUGUUCUUCAAUUAAACUACGUGUACAAUCAAAUAUUGAGCACGCUAACUUUAUCGCAAUUGACCAGAAUAUUCGAGCAACACAAUAAUUUCGAUUUGAGAAGAUUACUAACCGGUUCAGAACGGCUUAUAAAUAGCUUUUUAAACUUUACCGAAACCGAUCCAGGAUUUUUCCUAAAUGGUGUGGAAUGUUUACCUUUAGCGUCUUCCAUACGUGAUAACAUUACUCAAGCUAUUACGUCGUCUUGUCAGAAAAUUAAAAAUUUAUUAUUCGCGAUAUUACUCGCAGAAAAUCAAUUGAUAUCCCUGGUACGAAUGAAAAAGUACAAUAUUCAACCUCCGGAUAUACAUUUAAUUUUCAAUUUGAUAUUUUCGUCUUUAUCGUUCAGAACAGGCGAAGGAUGGACGCCAAUUUGCUUACCAAAUUUUGAUCCUAGUGGCUGUUUGCAAGCUCAUAUUUCUUAUUUGACGUCCGAAUGUGAUGCAUGUUUGCUGUUGUUAACCGUCGAUCGAGAUUUAUUUUUCACAUUAUCAGAAGCACGUCAGAAAAUUGUGGAGAAACUCGAAAAGAACAAUAUCCUGGAACAACUCACCGAAGCGAUUAAAAAACCUAAAAUUUCACCCGGCGAAUUUGCGAUUCCUAAAUUGCGUCAUUUCAUUUAUAAAAAUAAAAACACCCAUCAGUACGUUUAUCCUGUUUACGACGUUCCUUAUCACGAACCGGAGAGGCAAAAGUCAUUAUUGAGGCUCUAUACUCAAUUAUAUACGCAAGUCAACUCGUCUACGAGACCGUUAAAAUUACUAUUUCAACAAUUGAAAACAGAAGCUGUUCUUGGUUGGGAUACCAAAGGAUUUGAACUGUACUUGGUUUUUGAACCUUUCGUUACUAAACAAGAAGCGAUUAACGCAGUGAAUAAGUUAUUGAAAUGCAUGAAAAAAGAAGAAGAUCGAUUAUUCAUUAAUACCAUACCGACAUUUUAAUCAUAACGGUCUAAUGUGAUAAAGUUACCGAAUUCGAAUCGAAAGUGAAAAAAAAGUACACGGUUAUUCCAAUUUUAAUACAAAGUAAAUAAAAACGUUAUAAUUUUAAUUAAUUGCUUUUUUCAACUAUCGUCUUAAUUCGUAUUGUUGCGAUUUUUUGUACGAAAAUAAGUGUAUUUAAAAAUGUGAUAUUUUUAGCAUUAUUUUUGUAUUCUUAUUAUAUCCAUGUUCUUCAAAUAUAUCGUAAAAUAUGUAUUUUCAUAACGAA